AGCCGGUGCUACCUUAACUGCUGGUUGGGGGGGUGGGGGGAGGGCUUGGCGCUAGCCAAAACGGAGGUGCGUCCCGGGGGGCGAAGCCCGAGGCAGCUCUUGGCGUUUGUUUCCAGUUGGUCUCUGUGCAGAAUGGACCCAGUUGUUUUGAGUUACAUGGACAGUUUACUACGAGAAUCAGAUGUCUCACUGUUGGAUCCUCCCAGCUGGCUUAAUGACCAUAUUAUUGGAUUUGCUUUUGAGUACUUUGCUAGUGACCAGUUCCAUGACUGCUCAGACCAAGUGUGUUUCAUCAGCCCAGAAGUCACUCAGUUCAUCAAGUGUACCACCAGCCCAGAGGAGAUCACCAUGUUCCUUCAACCUCUUGACUUACCCCACAAGAGAGUUAUAUUCUUACCCAUCAAUAAUAACUCCAAUCAAGCAGCUGGGGGAACUCAUUGGAGUUUGUUGGUUUAUCUCCAAGACAAAAAUAGAUUUUCCCAUUAUGAUUCACAUAGCAGGAGCAACUCUGUCCAUGCAAGACAGGUAGCAGGGAAACUGGAGGCCUUUUUGGGAAAAAGAGGGGACAAAGUAGCAUUUGUGGAAGAAAAAGCCCCUGCUCAACAAAACAGCUAUGAUUGUGGAAUGUAUGUAAUCUGUAACACAGAGGCGUUGUGUCAGGGCUUCUUUAAGGGACAGCCAGAGCCACGGCUGCAGCAUCUCACGCCUAUGUAUAUCACGAGGAAGAGGGCAGAGUGGAAAGAUCUCAUCUCCAAACUUGCAAGAAAAUGAUUCAUUCAUUGCAGUUAUCUUCAUCUUUUCUUGAAUUUCAACCUUCUCUGUUUGUCUUUCUUUGUAUCUCUUAGUGGUCUCUAAUUCUACACCCAAGGCAGAGGUGUCAAGGCUGUGCCCUCUCACUUCUUCCUAAAAGAAAGUGAUUCUCAGGCUUUAUUGUCCCAAUGAAAGGCCGCACUUUAAUUAUAACUUCAGGGUACUACAGGCUGUGAAAGUAGCUUAACUGCAUGCACCAAGGCCUCCAAACCAGUUGCUUUCAAAGUUUGGUUAGUAGUCUUUGCACAAAACUUUUAUUUUACUAUUGAUCAAAUACAUUUAACCAUCCACCUGCCAUUGAAGUACAUUAUUUGCGUGCAUAAUCAGUCUAUGCCAAAUAGAAACAAAUCAACUUUUUUUUUCACUGUCUAGAAAAAUUAGGAGCCAUGGUAACAAGGGAGCACUCACUAAAAUAGCAGAAAUGGAAAAUCACAGAAAAAAAAAACCACAGUCCCUUACAGCCCAACCCUUGCAUACAAAAUGACCAAGAAACUGAAAGCUGAAGAUGACAAAACCUCAGUCAAGCUUACUUAAAGCUACUUAAGCUAGGAAUCAGUUUUGUUUGUUUGUUUUAAUUAUUUGCUAUUUACUACAAGAAAGCUUCCCUGGCUCUCUGUUCUACCUUUGCAAAUCUUUGAGAAAGACAAAAUUAUUCACUGACCCACUCUGUCUGAUUCCUAGAGUGCUAGAAAAAAACAGGGAUAUUGAAUAAUUUUAUGCUAAAUAAAUCUCUGUGGUUA